AUGGCCUCCACGAACCUCACCGACCGUCUCGUGCCCGAAAUCCCCGAAUCCGAACCCGAAGACUUCCUCUCCUCCUCCCUCGCCGUCAUAUUCCCCGACGCCGUCGCCAACCAGCACGGCGACGCCGACACCACCCUCCUCUACACCUCCCCGUCCCUGCCCCGCCCCCUGCGCAUCGAGCUCGCCGACCCUUCCGCCGACGAGGACCGCUUGCUCUUCGGCCACUACCUCUGGAACGCCUCCCUCCUCGCCGCCGAAUUCAUAGACACCGGGACUACGCUGGCCCCGCCGAAACGGAGGCUGCUCGGGAUGCGAUACAGCAGGGCGAGCAAGGCCGGGAGGAAGCGGAACAGAAGCAGCAGCAGCAGCAGCAGCGUUGGGGCCACCAACCAGGAGACGACGGCCCCCGCCUCUCCCCGCCCAGCACCUACUUCAACAUCGCCGGCAAAUCCACCAUCGAACUCGGCGCCGGCACCGCCCUCCUCCAUGAUGGCCGCCCUGCUCGGCGCCGCCUCCGUCACCGGCCACGCCUGGGGCGAGAUGGACGACUUUGCCCGCGGCAAGAAGCACGCCUACGACGUCGUUAUCGCCGCCGACUGCCUGAUGCGCGGCUUCUUCGACCCCGACGCCCUUGCCGCCCACGCCCUCCAACUCGAUCGCAUCUGGGAGGUCGACUGCCUCGGCAACGAGCGCGCUUGGGUCCCCGAGCGCGAGGGCGAGGAGGCUACCGGCGCCCGGCGCUGGCUCGCUGUGGGUAUUGUGAAGAGUGUGGCCGAGGCGUAA